GUAAAGUUCUCUCGUACAAAAGAAACUUUAAAACCUGUUUAUGGGGUCAGUUGCUUUUAAAUUUAUUUAUUGUUGUGAUGACUGCAUUUACAUUAUUGCUUGUGGAUUAAGGUGGAACUUCAAUAUAUCUUACAGAGGGGACUUGUGAGGGAUGUCUUCUUUAUGUGAACUACAGGUUAAAUUGCAUGUAACAUCCUGCAUCUGGCUAGUCAUAUGGCUCUGAGAAAGUAUGUUAAAUUAGUCAUUUCCUAUUUGUCCUUAAAUAUUGCAAAUUCCGUGAGUGUGGGCAUGAAUGGGAGCUUUGAAAUGAGGUGCUUAUUUUGAAUUUAAAUUCUUUUGCUACAUUGAUUUUCUUUUGUGAUUACUAUUUUAGCGUCAUGAACUAGUGUUUUUGUUCUUUGAGUUUGGCCCCCUGCAUUUAAGUGUUAGCAAUAAUUUUGAAUGUUGUUUGACGAGAAGCAGGGCAGACAUUUGUUGUGUCAAAGAGACCAAUGAAAGGGCACGGAAGAGAGAUGAUUCAAUUGGGCCACCCCAUUGCAGAUGCACCUAUUCAAGAUGAAAUUGCAACAGAUCGGAGCAUCGAACCCAUCCCUGGCUUACUGGAGGAAGUGAUCGAACGCUUAAUUGCUAUGCAGAUUGUUACUGCAACGCCAGACUCUUGCACUAUUGACAUCUUCAAUGAGGGUGACCACUCACAACCUCACAUGUGGCCACAUUGGUAUGGAAGGCCUGUGUGUGUGCUGUUCUUGACUGAGUGUGAUGUGACUUUUGGUAAAGUAAUUGGGGCAGACUAUCCUGGGGAUUAUAGAGGCUCUUUGGAGCUUUCUCUUGCACCCGGAUCUAUGCUUGUAAUGCAAGGAAGAUCCACAGAUUUUGCCAGACAUGCACUUCCCUCGAUCCGAAAACAACGCAUACUUGUUACCUUGUCAAAGUCACAACCAAAGAAAAUCACACCUAGUGAUGUUCAGCGUUUUCCUUCACCUGCAGUAGCAUCACCCUCCCAUUGGGUCUCACCUCCUAGUAGGUCACCAAAUCAUAUACGCCAUCAUGUGGGCCCCAAGCAUUAUGGGCCAAUCCCGGCAACAGGAGUAUUGCCAGCUCCAGCUGCUCGUCCACAGUUUUCACCUACAAAUGGCAUACAGCCAAUUUUUGUUCCCACCGCAGUUGCACCAGCCUUGUCUUUUCCUGCACAAGUAGCUCUUCCACCAGCCUCAGCUGGAUGGCCUGCAGCUCCGCUAAGGCAUCCUCCACCUCGCUCACCAGUCCCUGGCACUGGAGUUUUCCUUCCUCCACCUGGUUCUGGCAAUUCGUCAACCCAAUCUUUAUUGUCUAGUACAGCAACCGGAAGCAUUUCUGUGGAGACACCAUCCCUGUCAGAAAAGGCCAAUGGUACAGGGAAACCAAAUGGUAACAACAGUGCCUCUCCAGAAGUUAAUACAAAUGGAACAGUAAAAGGGCAAGAGUGCAAUGAAAGCAUCGAUGGAACUGGCGGGGGGAAAGAUUGACGAUGAGGGAAGAGCAGCACUGAAGUGUUGAUUCAAUGACGGCUGGCAAACUGGCUGGAGCAGUUUAGAAAGAGGAAAG